CUUCGUGUUUGCAGGCGUCCGCACACCUACUACAGAAAGUCACUGGGAAGAAUUGACAGUUUAAAAUGAGGGCUGUUCUUUUCCUCAUUGCAUGCGCAAUUCUGAUUGCCUCCUCUGAUCAGAAGCAACACGGUCCUACAGCAACAAACAAAGACCGACUCCAAGCUCAGUACGCAGCUUACUACAAAGACCCGGAAAACAAGCCACAUAUCGAUUUCCCACCAAACGGAACUGAGCCACAGCCAGCAUCUGCCGGCGUGUCGAGUCAGAGGCCGGCGACGAUUCUCACCCGAAUUAUCGGAGGCGCUCUACUUAAUAACCAAACCAUCGUACCUUGGUUUGUCUUUUUGAAAACCGACAAUGCUGUGGUGUGUGGUGGAUCUCUCAUUUCUACAACCUUUGUGCUUACUUCAGCCAACUGCCUUAAGAACGGAUCAUCUUUUGAAGUGACUGCAGGGGGAGUCAACCGCCUAGUGUCAGAAACAAAUGAAGCCACACAGACCUCCACGACGACAUUUUUGCAUCCUGACUUUGAUGAAUUCACCAUGUGGAACGAUAUCGGUCUUGUUCAGGUGCCAACUGCGUUUACCUUGGGUAAUUUUAUCAAUGUAGUUAAACUGCCUGCACAAGCCGAUGCUACAAAAGCUUUUGAUAGCAUCACUGUGAAAGCUUCUGGAUUUGGCCAAACGGCAAAUGAUGGUCUACUGACUAACUUCUUGCAACAAGUUAGCCUUGUCACAAUUAACAAUGCGCAGUGUGCCUCAAUGUACGGCACCAACUUUAUCAAACAAUUUAUGAUCUGCACACAGGCUCUUACCACCAAGUCCAUUUGCGCGGGCGAUUACGGUGGUCCACUCACCUACACUACAAAAGCGGGGAUUAGCGUGCAAAUCGGCAUUUCCAGCUUCAACUCUCCGCGAACGUGCACCAGCUACCCUGCUGGAUUUACCAGGGUCACCAGCUUUUUGGGAUGGAUUUCUUCCAAAACUGGCAUUGCGAUCCCGUAA